UCUGUCUCACAUUGUAAGCAAGCAGAAGGGAAAUGGGGCUGCCGUGUUCCUCAUUGCCGUGCUUAGAAGGUUGAUCAGGACGUGCAUCCCACUUUUCUUCGUCCUCAUGUGGUUUUACCUGCUCCCUCGUUUUGUCACCGGACCGGACACCGAGAAGUUCUUCCAGAGAUUUUACUUGGAAAUGGAGCAACACUGGUGGCAUUUCCUCGUUCAGAUCCGAAACUUUUUUGAACUGAAGAGCGAGGACACAUUCGCACAUAUCUGGUACUUAUCGACCGACUUCCAACUCUUCGUGGUCUCGCUUCUAACAUUGCUGACAUUUAGAAGGUGGAAGCCUGUGGCCCUGGCAUCACUAGCCAUGCUUUCUCUCCUAGGCUGCGCGAUCGCAACUUGGACCGUGGCCAGAUUACACCUACUACCGUUCAUAAUAGUUCCUCACCCUCACUACACGCGGAUGAGGAGCACAGUCGACAAUUAUUACCUCCAGCCUUUUUAUCACGCUGUGUGCUACUUUAGCGGCUGUAUGACGGCUCUUAUUGUCGCCGACUUUCGAGAGCGCAAAAUUUCAAAGAUAUUUCAGCUGGCAGGCUGGUGCGCAUCGAUCACUUGCGGCCUCUUCUGUGUGUUCGUGAAGUUUCCCUGGUACUUAAGCAUGAAACCCACGUCAGAUGGCGCAGAGCUGCUUGUGGCCUUCUUCGACAGGAUACUCUGGUCGUUCUGUCUGUCUUGGAUCACGCUGGCAUGUGCUACGGGUCGAGCUGGUACUCUGAGCAAGUUCUUGUCCUGGAACGCGUUUGUUCCUUUGAGCAAGCUUUCGUAUAGUGUGUACUUGAUCCACAUGCCAUUCCUUGAACUGUUGGUGGGAUCAUCAAGGGAACGAAUCUACUGGUCAGUAUUUAAUCAGGUCACACUCACCUUUGCCGUGCUCGUCUGGAGCUUCCUGCUGUCAUACAUGACCUUCAUCGCGUGCGAGGCACCGACCGGAGCCCUCGACAAGUUGCUUUUCGGCAGGUUGAUUGGAAAGGGCGGCGCCCGGAGGCAGGAACAUGAAGAAAAACUGGCAGGCAUCGACGUGAAGUCACAGAACAGUGGUGGAGAGGGCAACGACAUUUCGCUGCGCAAACCAAGGAGUGGCGCUCGGCCAUGCAAUAGUGAAUAA